AACUUUAGUUAAAAAAUUUUCAGAAUGAAGUGCUACGUUGUAUUCGUCAUUUUUUCAAUUUUUAUCACAGUAUCACUCUCUUAUUUUAUGGAGGGUGAGGAUGGUGACACAGAAUACUCCAAAAUUAUUCCCGGAGCAUGGAUAUUACAUAUUCCAGCCGGUUUCGAAGUAGCGAAAAAAAUCGCCGACGCCGAAGGGUUCCAAAAUAUGUACGAAAUACCAAGAUUGAAAUUAUUCCACAUGUAUGAUUUGAAACCUUCUGAAGAAACAGAAGAGCACAUUUCAAUACGAUUGUCUAAAUAUACGGAAGAGAUAACAUACGCGACACCAUCCAGAAGGGAAAAAGUUGCUCCAUUUGAAUAUACUGACAGAUAUUAUUGCGCUGGACCGAAAAAUGAUCACUACAUUACAAACAGACCGCACUUUUAUUCAGAUCCAUUGUACCAUAUGCAGUGGUACUUGCGAAGCUGUUCAGAUUUAGAAGGAAGUGAAAGAUCAUCAAACUACGAUAUGAAAAUUGUGCAAGCUUGGGACGAAUUUAAAGUUACAGGAAACGGUAUAGUUGUGUUGGUAAUUGAUAAUGGCGUGUUCAUUGACCACAAAGAAUUGAGGAACCGAAUAAGUUUGAAAUAUAGUAAAAACUACACUACUAAGCCUAAGACCAACAAUCCAACACCUGAAAAUUUUAAAGAGGAUCAUGGAACCAAGUGUGCGGGAAUUAUCGCAAUGGAAGCGAAUAACGGUGUUUGUGGAGUAGGAAUCGCACCAAAAGCUACCAUCGGAGGCCAGAAAUAUGUUGUUGGCCAUUCGUAUGAUGUACCCGACGUGGCCGAAGCACUCACCUAUGAAGCUGAAGAAGUUCAUAUUGUCUCUAUGUCGAUGGGCGAGUUUGAAAGCAAAGCUUUCAUUUGGCAAAGGCCAGAACCUACAACUGCUUUAGACUAUGGAAUUCAAAACGGUCGAGGUGGUAAAGGAAUAAUAUACGUCUUUCCAUCUGGAAAUGGUAAAAGAGAAGGUGAAACAUGUAGUUCAGAUGGUUCGCUUCAAAUGAUCCAUAAGAUAGUGGUAGGUGGUGCUAAGCAUAAUGGAUCUGCUAGUGAUUAUGCAGAAGGAUGCGCAUCUGUAAUGGUUGUAUCUCAUUCAGGAAAUGGAAACCCUUACGCUCAUAUCGUGCCUGACAUGGGAUCAGAUGAUGCAUGUGAUGAUAAUUUCAAUGGUACUUCUGCAGGAUGCCCGGUGGUAGCUGCAAUUAUAGCACUCUUACUAGAAGCCAAUCCCAAUUUGACAUGGCGAGAUGUGAAAUACGCAAUUGCAUGGACAAGCGAAAUUGCUCCUUUAGCAAAGAAUCGUGGAUGGGUUAAAAACGCAGCCGGAUUUCAUGUGAAUUUUGAUUUCGGAUUUGGCUUAAUAAACGCAUAUGAGCUUAUAUUAUUGGGUAAAAAUUUUCCUGGUACAACUCCUGCGCUGAAUAUGUGUGUUGAAGAACACACUUUGAGAGACGAUGAAAAAACCAUAAGUGGAAUGCAAUCCACUGGAAUUAGAUUCGUUGUGAAUGGUUGCCGAGAUACACCACAAGAAAUAAAAUUCCUUGAAUUUGUAGAAGUUACAGUUUCAAUACAGCAUCCAGCUCGAGGAUUCCUUCAAAUAAUGCUCACUUCUCCCGGAAAAACCGUGACGCAAUUGCUACCUCCAAGAAAACAAGAUCGCAGCGACAUCGAAAUAAAAAACUUUUCAUUUUUAUCAGUUCACAACUGGGGAGAGCAGCCAGAAGGAGAAUGGCUCAUAGAACUAAUAGAUACGAGUGGAAGACUGGAAGGAACAUUAGGAGAUGUCGUGAUGACGUUUUAUGGCACUAAGGAGCAACCUGAACUAUACAAACGCGGACCACGAAAAUAUGCUGAAUUUUCUUUCAAAUAAUUAAAACAUUUCCAAUAAUUCUGCAAUGUGCUAGAAUAAUUCAUAUUAACACGAAAACUAAAUUAUAUUAUUCAAUUCCAUUUUAAAAAAAUUAUUCGUGUAACGUUCAAAUUUUUCAUCAAUAAAAAAUUACUUUUGAAGCAUCAA